CUCUCCCGGCCCCUGAAAGUUCGUCCCAACUUUUUCUCCCCCGGGCGGGCGCGGCGGGCGCAGUCCGGGGGCAGGUUGCUGCGCUCCUCCUCGCUCCGCCGCCUGCCCUCCCGGCGCUGGUCCUCGGGGAGCUGCCGCCACUCAGUGGCCCCUGGCGGUCCUUCCCCUCCCACCUCGCCCAUCCUCCCGGUCCCAGCCUCCCUCUGGCGGGACAGACCCGAGCCAGGGUGGUUCUCCUUUUCCCCUUCUCCGAGCGCCCCCGCGCCAACUCUCGCGCCGGGUUCGCGGCGGAAACCUCCCUCCUCUUUCGCCUCCUUCGGCUCCUUCCCUCCGCCCUUCCACCGCCAGGCACUGGAAUCAAUUCUUUGGGGGAAUUGGGGCUUCGCCGCUGCCGCCGCCGCGGAGGACAGCCUUUCCGCGCGGGACUCCGGGGCACCGAUAGGGCCAUGUAAGCAGUUGCCGUCACCCCCAGCUACAACAUAAGGAGAUUGUGGGGUUUCGUCUUCAGUCUGUCCAGGGACUGGCUGUUGCAGGCUCUUUGUGAAGCGACCCUCCAGAGCGCCACGCCGGGCAUGGACGCCUUCUUCCGCACUUGGAGGAGCACGGGUGCUAGUGUCAUCGCCCAGUCACGAAGCUGCUAAGGCCGUCUCAGGGGCGUGGGCGUCAGGACAGGAGGGCAGCAUCCGAGGGCCACAGAGCCAUGCCUUUCGGCCUGAAGCUCCGCCGGACCCGGCGCUACAACGUCCUGAGCAAGAACUGCUUUGUCACCCGCAUCCGCCUGUUGGACAGCAACGUUAUCGAGUGCACGCUGUCUGUGGAGAGCACGGGGCAGGAGUGCCUGGAGGCGGUGGCCCAGAGGCUGGAGCUGCGGGAGACGCACUACUUUGGCCUUUGGUUUCUCAGCAAGAGCCAGCAAGCACGAUGGGUGGAGCUGGAGAAACCUCUGAAGAAACAUCUGGACAAAUUUGCUAAUGAGCCUCUGCUUUUCUUUGGAGUCAUGUUUUAUGUGCCAAAUGUGUCGUGGCUUCAGCAAGAGGCCACAAGACAGUCUACCCUUGAAAACUUGCAGGUUAACAGAGUAUUUGGAACAAUACAAAAAAAAUUGGAGAAGAAUGUUGAUUGCAAACUGUUUAAGAAGGAUAUGACUUUUGCAGAACAAAUCUCUUCAUAUCAGUAUUACCUGCAAGUCAAAAAAGACGUGCUUGAAGGGCGGUUGCGAUGUACGCUGGAACAGGUGAUCCGACUGGCGGGCUUAGCUGUGCAAGCUGAUUUUGGAGACUAUAAUCAGUUUGACUCUCAGGAUUUCCUCAGAGAAUAUGUGCUGUUUCCAAUGGAUUUGGCCCUGGAAGAAGCUGUUCUGGAGGAGCUGACACAGAAGGUGGCCCAAGAACACAAAGCCCACAGUGGAAUCCUGCCAGCAGAAGCUGAGCUUAUGUACAUCAAUGAGGUGGAACAUUUGGAUGGCUUUGGACAGGAAGUCUUCCCUGUGAAGGACAAUCAUGGAAACAGUGUGCACCUGGGCAUUUUCUUUAUGGGGAUUUUCGUGAGAAACAGAAUUGGAAGACAAGCAGUAAUAUACAGGUGGAAUGACAUGGGGAAUAUCACUCACAACAAGUCAACUAUCCUGGUGGAGCUCAUCAGCAAAGAGGAGACUGCCCUCUUUCACACGGAUGAUAUCGAAAACGCCAAGUAUAUAUCUCGAUUGUUUGCUACACGGCACAAGUUUUACAAACAAAACAAAAUCUGCACUGAACAAUCAAAUUCUCCACCCCCUAUCAGACGCCAGCCCACCUGGAGCCGGUCCUCCCUGCCCCGGCAACAACCGUACAUCUUGCCUCCCAUGCAUGUCCAGUGUGGCGAACACUACUCGGAAACACACACUUCUCAAGACAGCAUCUUCCAUGGGAAUGAAGAAGCCUUGUACUGCAACUCGCACAACAGCCUGGACUUAAGUUAUAUAAAUGGCACCGUCACCAAUGGCAGUGUGUGUAGCAUUCACAGCGUCAACUCCCUCAGUUGCUCCCAAAGCUUCAUCCAAGCUUCUCCCGUGUCCUCCAACCUCAGCAUCCCUGGGAGUGACAUCAUGCGGGCUGACUACAUCCCGAGCCACCGGCACAGCGCCAUCAUCGUGCCGUCCUACCGGCCGACCCCCGAUUAUGAGACAGUCAUGCGGCAGAUGAAGAGGGGGGUCGUGCACACGGACAGCCAGAGCCAGUCCCUGCGAAACCUCAACAUCAUCAACACCCACGCCUACAACCAGCCAGAGGAUCUGGUGUACAGCCAGCCCGAGAUGCGGGAGAGGCACCCCUACACUGUCCCUUAUGGGCCCCAGGGGGGCUACGGUAACAAACUGGUCAGUCCAUCGGACCAGAUCAACCCGAAGAACACCACGGUGCCAAGCAAGCCCGGGGCAAGCGCCAUCUCACACACGGUGAGCACCCCGGAGUUGGCCAACAUGCAGCUCCAGGGCACCUAUAACUACAACACGGCCCACAUGCUCAAAAACUAUCUCUUCCGGCCACCACCCCCCUACCCACGGCCCCGCCCCGCCACCAGCACCCCGGACCUCGCCAGCCACCGCCACAAGUACGUCAGCGGCAGUAGCCCCGACUUGGUGACUCGCAAAGUGCAGCUGUCCGUGAAGACCUUCCAGGAGGACAGCUCCCCGGUGGUGCAUCAGUCUCUCCAGGAGGUGAGCGAGCCCCUCACGGCCACCAAGCACCACGGCACGGUGCACAAGCGCCACAGCCUGGAGGUGAUGAGCAGCAUGGUGCGGGGCAUGGAAGCCAUGACCUUGAAGUCGCUAAACAUCCCCAUGGCCCGCCGCAACACUCUGCGAGAGCCGGGGCCACCCGAGGAGGUGCCGGGGAGCCACGAGGUCCCCCAGCUUCCCGAGUAUCACCACAGGAAGACUUUCUCGGAUGCCACGAUGCUGAUCCACAGCAGCGAGAGCGAGGAGGAAGAAGAGGAGGCUCCGGAACCGGUGCCCCAGAUCCCCGUGCUCCGCGAGAAGAUGGAGUACAGCGCCCAGCUACAGGCCGCCUUAGCCCGCAUUCCAAACAAGCCCCCACCCGAGUACCCCGGACCCAGGAAAAGUGUGAGCAACGGGGCGCUGGGGCAAGACCAGGUGUGCCUUCCUCCCGCCAUCGCCAGGGCCAGGGUCCUGAGGCAGGGGCCAGCCAAGGCCAUCAGUAUCUCCCGGGCUGACCAGAUGGCCAUCAACGGGUCCUCUCUUGGUCCAUCCAUCUCAGAGCCCGACCUGACAAGUGUGAAGGAGCGGGUCAAGAAGGAGCCUGUGAAGGAGAGACCUGUGUCUGAAAUGUUCUCCCUGGAGGACAGCAUUAUAGAAAGAGAGAUGAUGAUCCGGAAUCUAGAGAAGCAGAAGAUGGCAGGCCUGGAGGCACAGAAGAGGCCACUGAUGUUGGCAGCCUUGAACGGACUCUCGGUUGCUCGGGGCUCGGGGCGGGAAGAAAGUCGCGUUGAUGCCACCCGAGUUCCCAUGGAUGAGAGGUUCAGAACCCUGAAGAAGAAGCUCGAAGAGGGAAUGGUGUUCACAGAAUAUGAGCAGAUUCCAAAGAAAAAGGCAAAUGGCGUUUUCAGCACAGCAGCUCUGCCAGAAAAUGCUGAGCGCAGCCGUAUCCGGGAGGUCGUCCCCUACGAGGAGAACCGCGUAGAGCUCAUACCGACCAAAGAAAACAACACAGGCUAUAUUAACGCCUCCCACAUCAAGGUGGUGGUUGGUGGGGCAGAAUGGCACUACAUCGCCACUCAGGGGCCUCUGCCGCACACAUGCCAUGACUUCUGGCAGAUGGUGUGGGAGCAGGGAGCGAAUGUGAUCGCCAUGGUCACCGCAGAGGAGGAAGGCGGACGCACCAAGAGCCACCGAUAUUGGCCCAAACUGGGUUCCAAGCACAGCUCAGCCACCUAUGGCAAGUUCAAGGUCACCACAAAGUUCCGAACAGAUUCCGGUUGCUAUGCAACCACAGGCUUGAAGGUCAAGCACCUUUUGUCCGGGCAGGAAAGGACAGUGUGGCAUUUGCAAUAUACUGAUUGGCCAGAUCACGGCUGCCCAGAGGAUGUUCAAGGAUUUUUGUCCUACUUGGAGGAGAUCCAGUCGGUCCGUCGCCAUACCAACAGCAUGUUGGAAAGCACCAAGAACCAGCACCCCCCGAUAGUGGUCCACUGCAGUGCUGGGGUGGGAAGGACCGGCGUGGUCAUCCUUUCUGAGCUGAUGAUCUACUGCCUGGAGCAUAAUGAAAAGGUGGAAGUGCCCAUGAUGCUGAGGCUCCUCAGGGAGCAGAGGAUGUUUAUGAUCCAGACCAUCGCUCAGUACAAGUUUGUCUACCAGGUCCUCAUCCAGUUCCUCCAAAACUCCAGACUCAUUUAACCCCCGGCUUCAGCUCCUGGAAGAGGCGGCCAGCCCCACCGUACAGAUGGGGACACACCUCCAGACAACAUCUGCUCCCCCGGCAGGGCGCGGAUGGCCGGAGCAGGCAGGUCACGGGCUCCCUGAAGACGGGAGCGCCAAGAUCGUUCACACACGUCAUGUAUUAUUUUAUAGGAGAUAAUUUAUUUUUUCCCCCUUUGGAAUAACUUUUGUGAAUCAUCGUAAUGCAGUUUUCACAAUAAUAUAGUACUUUUCCUCUGAACCACAUUUUGACUGAUCUGCAUUGUAAUAGGUCAGUAGGGAGGGUUGCCUGGUGGAUUAUUUGGGGGACAGAGGCAUAAGGGAACACAUCUCUAGUGAAGUUGCAGCCAGAUUUGUAACCAGCCCUGACAUUUGUCAGCCUCAUUGCUCACGUCCACAUCAAAGAUGGCAAGAAAAUGAGUUCAUCCUAAAAUAUAAAAGAUAAGGGCUAAGGCCCUUUCCUGAAGGAGAAGAACAACACUCUUUUCUUAUAUUUGGGGGCUCCUGCGGCUUGAUGGGCAGUUCCUUCCCUUUCCCCUUUUUGCCCUCUCCCUCAGUAGUCUCUUUUUUCCUCCCAGGCUUGAGUUAAAGACAGGACCAGCUAGAGGAAAUGCUCCCUUUCCAAUGCAGUGAUUGCCAUGGCCCGGGAAGAACGAGGACUCUGUAUCUUUCUCAACCACUCCUUAUUCUGGGCUCUGGAGCCUGUUCCCCUGCUGGAGACUGCACCCUUGAUAUUUGCUGCUUCUCCCUGUUGGCUCAGUGGACCCUAGUCCGGUGGCCUCCGAGGCCCUGGGCCAGGCCGUCUGUGCAGCUAGGCUUCUUGCCUGAUUGAGAGAAGAUAACAAACCAGUGUGGAAGAGAGAGGAGACAUGCAGGCCCUUGACAUUGUUUCUUAUUUAAAUAUGAAGCGUGUGCUGACGGGGAUCUGAAGGUCAAGGUGCUGGGUGCCAUGGAAAGGUUAUAAAGGAAGCGGUUGGGAAAGCUGAGGUAUGGGGGCUCUUUGGCACUCAGGUGGCAGGGGCCCUGCCAGGAGCCACCCCAAGUGUUAUCCCUGCUGUGCUGCUAAGCAUCUCCAGCCUUUGGCCUGCAGGAGCAGAACUAAGCCCACCCAGGACCUUGCAGUCCAAAGCUUGGCCCACCUGCUGAAAGACGGUGAGAUUUGUGCUGCUUUCCUUUUCUCCAUACAGCCCACUCUGGUCAGUUGUGGUAUUAACCCUGCCCUCAGUUCGUCUCCUCUGGGCCUUCAUUGGCCACUGUCCUUCUGAAUUUUGUAGGUUAGUACAUAAUAAAUCAUGUUCUGCACAGUUUCCCUCCUGCUGACUUCUGGGGAAUUUUCCCCUCUACUGUCUAGUUUUUCUUGAUGCAACUUUUAAUUGUGGCUUUGUUCUUAAAAUUGACUUUUGCGGGUGUUCCAUGAUGCCUUCUUCCACUGCUCCCUUUUUUUUUUUUUUUUUUCCUCCCUCCUGAGGUGCAAAUUAUAAAGAAAGAAAGGCAUCCAGUCGACCAGAAAGAGUGUGCCUUUGUGGCUUCCGGUCACCACAACAGGCGGGUGCGGAAGCAGAUUCCUGAUGAACUACUUUGGAGUAUGAAUUAACUUGGUUUCACAUCUGGCCAGGUGUUAGAGUGGUGGUUCUCUGUAUUUGGACUCAGUAUCUGGCGAUGGAGGGCCUCCUACCUUCUCUUCCAAGGUCUAAAGAAUCAGUCAAGGAGUAGAACUUCAGCUGAGCGCCAUAGAUUCUGGAAUUUUGCUGCGUGAUCUGAAAAAGAAAACCACUAGUAUGACGUGUAUUUUCAGUGGAUCACAGCUCGUAACCCUCACUAGGAGACGCUCAGAAAUUGGAUCAUCGGCGAGCAAAGAGGUAUUGUUUCCAUUUCCUUAGGGACUUUCCAUCCUUGGGAUAUUCUGCUGUUAGGGGUGUUUUAACAGUUGCUCUGCCGUUACUGGUUUAUUGUUUGAGGAACCACAUCGGUAUUUCUCUUUGUCUCUCAGGCCCCAGUGUGGGGCGUUAAAAUGGCUCGUGUGGGCAGCGUGUAGAUCUGCUGUCUCUGAGCUCAUCACUCACGGCACUCCUUUCAACUCAUCCACUGUUGCCACUUGGUGCUCUGGGAAUAUUCAUGAACGCACAAAAUGCAAAGAAGUAGGUUCAGUAUCCAAUUUCCUAGCCAAAGGUUGUAUUGAAACUCAAAGGAAAACAUUUAAAAGUGAUUCCCCAUAUUUUGUUUUUAAAAACAAAUGCUUUUCGCCCUUGAGCCCAUUUUGCCUUCCUUUUCACGUCUCCAGUAAAUGCCAACCUAUCUCCUGUUAAAUUAGCAGCAGCCAUUUGAAGUCCUUUCAGUGGCAUCUGCAUAAUAAUUGCCCAGAGAUGCUUUAUAUCUGGGAAGCAAGCCAAGGAAUAAACCUUGAAGCAAAGUGUAUUAAAUUAGUUAUCUAGUUAGAGCUUUUGGAGUGAGUUCCUGACGAUGUAUCAAGUCUGAAGCUGGAGCUAUCGGGGUCUGUUGCUGCAGUUUCGACUUGAAGGGAGAAAAUUAAAAAUGGAGGGGAAAAAAAAAA